AUGCGGCCGUUCGCAGAGCAGACUGGAUUCAGCGGCAGCGACCACGAGUGGCAGGAGGAGUUUGCAUUGCUUUGCCGAGACCGGGGAAGUGCGAAAGGGAUUAAAUUGGAAGAGUUCGUACAGCUGGUAAAUGACUCCUCUGACGAGGGCUGCUACUGCUCAGACAGCGAGCUGCGAGCACUGCUGCAGCAGCAGCAGCAGCAGCCACCGCCCAGCACAACUCCAGCCAAAGCUGCUCCGGUUGCUGCAAAGGCCGCUGCAGCCGGCGUGGCACCAUCCCGCGCUCCGGCCAAGGAUCCAAGACGAGACUUGAUCGAGGCUGUCUUCAGUUCUUUAGACAAAACAAGCAAGGGCCAUCUCACGGCCGCGGACAUGCGGCCGUUCGCAGAGCAGACUGGCUUCAGCGGCAGCGACCACGAGUGGCAGGCGGAGUUUGCAUUGCUUUGCCGAGACCGGGGAAGUGCGAAAGGGAUUAAAUUGGAAGAGUUUGUACAGCUGGUAAAUGACUCCUCUGACGAGGGCCAGGCAGAAAGCCACAAGCUGAUAUCGAGUUCCAUUCUGAAACUAGAUCCAAGACGAGACUUGAUCGAGGCUGUCUUCAGCUCUUUGGACAAGACACGCAAAGGGUAUCUCACGGCCGCAGACAUGCGGCCGUUCGCAGAGCAGACUGGAUUCAGCGGCAGUGACCACGAGUGGCAGGAGGAGUUUGCAUUGCUUUGCCGAGACAGGGGAAGUGCGAAAGGGAUUAAAUUGGAAGAGUUCGUACAGCUGGUAAAUGACUCCUCUGACGAGGGCCGCUGCAGCUGGCGUGGCACCAUCCCGCGCUCCAGCCAAGAUUUGAUCGAUGCAGUGUUCAAUGCGUUGGACAGAACCGGAAGGGGUUUCCUGACGGCUGCUGACAUGCGGCCGUUUGCCGAGCAAACCGGCUUCACUGGCACUGAUGAGGAGUGGCGGCUGGAGUUUGAAGCUCUUUGCCAAGAAAGCCGAUCUUCGCAGGGCCUCGGGCUGGACGCAUUUGCCAAGCUCGUCAACGAUGACUCUGAGGAUGGUUGCUACUGCACGGACAGUGAGCUGCAAGCGCUGCUGCAGCGGCUGCAUCAAGGAAGCGUUGACAUCAAGCCCUCGGUGUCCAAUGCAGCUACUUCGGCGAAAGGCAGCCAACGACAGCCACCGUCCGAGGUCGGCACAUGUGUAUUACAGAACCGCGAGUAUUGCGGUUAG